GUCGAAUUUUAAACGAGGUAUUCUGUUUUAAACGGUGAACGAAUAAUUUUGUGAUCCACUGUACAUAAUGACCGUUGGAAUAAAAAAGGGGAUGUGAUAUGUAUUAGAAAUGGGGGGUUUUUGAUCUCGUUUAUAUAGAAGAGUAGAACACUGUGAAAGAGACGAUAUAUGUAUGUAUAAUAUGUAUAUAUGUGUGUACAUAUCAAGCAUGGUCCGUUCAAUAACACGUGUUUAUAUGUAAACGAAGUCUGCAGAUAAUGAGGUUAUAAAUGAAAAAUGAUGCAAAUGUAAAAUAACAAAAGAAUAAUUUGUAACUGUUGCAGUAUAUUUAUUAUUACAGUUAUAACAUUCUGUUUAAUUGUUAAAUGAUUACAAAAAUAUCUAUUGCAAUCAACUUAUAGCUAUUGAAAUGAAAUGAUGAAAUACAAGCAUAAUAAUUAUUGUAGAUAAUAAUCGUAUUAAUAAUCAUUUAGUAAUGUUUCAAUUGACUAAGUAUUUUUACAAAUACUUUGUACGAAAUACACAUACACAGACUGAAUUAAAAAAAAAAUCAAAGAACAUAACUGAAUUGUAUAAAAGAUUGAUAAUGAAACAAAAGAAACAGCUUAAACUGCUUACCACUUUCAAUAAUUCUGCAAAGUUACAGGUUGUUGGAAGUGGAGCACCUGGAAUCCCAGCUUUUAUGUUUUUUACAACCGAUCAAGUUCAUUAUCUGUUCAAUUGUGGUGAAGGAACUCAGCGGCUAUGCCAAGAACAUCGUUGUAAACUAUCUAAAAUAGAUCAUAUAUUUAUAACAAAUCUUAGUUGGAGAAAUGUUGGGGGACUCCCAGGUUUAAUGCUAACUGCACAAGAUAAUGGUACAACCAAUUUAUGUAUUCAUAGCCCUGAAGGAAUAGAAAAUCUUGUACAUACAGUUCAAUCAUUUAUAAACUUACCACGACUCAAAAUUACUUAUCCUUCUGUCAAUGAGUCAGAACCAUUUAAAGAUCAUAUGAUGACAGUCCGGUAUGUUCCCUUAACAAAAAAUACUGAGAAAAAUGUAUCGGAUGAAAACGAAUAUGAUACAAAUGAAAAUGGUAAAAGACCUGCAAACAGUGUAAAAAAUGGAGAGAAAAAGAUCAAAGGCACUCCAAAAAUAAUAUGUUAUAUUUGUGAAAUUCACCCAAAACGUGGAAAAUUGUUGAUAGAUAAAUGUCUUCAACUUGGUAUAGAAAAUGGUCCAAUUCGGAAUCUACUAAAGUCUGGUAAAAACGUUACUAAAGAAGAUGGAUCUGUUGUUUAUAGUAAAGAUGUUUCUGCACCAGAUGGUCCCAAACUCACUUUUAUGGUUGUAGAGUGUCCCGACGAAGAGUACAUAGAUUCUUUAGUAAAUCAUCCUGCUUUUUUAAAACAUCAGCAACAGGCAUUAGCAGAAGAAAAUCACAUAGCCUUUUCUGUAUUUCAUUUCACUCCUGAAAAGAUCUUGAAUGAUCAACGAUAUCAAAAUUGGAUAGAAAAAUUUUCGUCGCAGACGCAACAUGUCAUUUUAAAUGAUGAAAAUUCUUGUAUGGGCAGCGAAGCUGUUCAUAAGAAUCAAUAUCUAUUGCAUAUGUUGCAUCCUGAAAUAUUUCCACUAUUGAGCAAGGAUUGCUUUAGAAAAGAUAAAGAGACUCAAAAGGAUUCUAUUUAUCGAGCCAGAGCAAUACAAGUAUUUAAAAUACGGCCAGACUUUACACCUCUAACUAAUAAUGAUAUUUAUCAGGCAGAAGAAUCAUAUAUUGAAGAAGUUCUUAAGAUUGAUGAGCUUGAAAACACGUUGAAAGAAGUGAGGGCUAAUAUUGAGAAAAAAACAGAAGAGCUUAAUUUAACUAAUAUUUCUAGCUAUCCUCGAAUUGUAAUGUUAGGUACUGGUUGUAGCGUACCGAGCAAAGUUAGAAAUACAAGUGGCAUUCUCUUAAGAAUCGAUGAAAAUACUAGUAUCUUGUUAGAUUGUGGAGAAGGCACCCUUGGUCAGAUAAUUAGGUUUUAUGGAUUUUCCGAAAGUGACAAUAUUUUACGUACUAUCAAGGCAGUUUAUGUGUCUCAUAUGCACGCGGAUCAUCAUUUAGGUCUCAUUGGCUUAUUGGACAGAAGAAAACAGAUCACAGAUGAGAAAUUAUAUUUAUUAGUGCCGACUUACAUAAUACCAUGGUUGAAUUUCUAUAACCAACGAUUUGAAUCUAUUUCACAGCAGUACAUCAUAAUCAACAAUUAUGAUUUAUAUUUAAACGCUCAUCAGUUGGCUGUUUCUUCUGAAUCAUUACUGUAUAAUGUAAUGAAUGUUUCAAAAAUUGAUACUAUUUUUGUAAAUCAUUGCAAACACGCUUUUGGUAUUUCUAUUACCCUUAAGGAUAAUAAAAAGAUUGUUUAUAGCGGUGAUACGAUGUUUUGUCCAAAUUUGAUAAAAUUAGGUGAAAAUUGUGAUUUAUUAAUUCAUGAAGCGACAAUGGAUGAUGGUCGUGAAAGCAUGGCCAAACGUAAAUUACAUUCAACAACAUCCGAAGCAAUAAAAGCUGGAAAAUAUAUGAAUGCAAAAUUCACUCUGUUAACGCAUUUUAGUCAACGUUAUUCAAAAAUUCCAGCACUUCCAAAGGAAGAAGCAAAUGUUGGACUUGCUUACGAUUAUAUGGAGGUGAAAUUACCACAGUUACCAUUAUUACCUCUUUUCUAUCCAUGUUUGAAAGUGAUGUUCAAUGCGUAUAAUAAAGUAAUUGACAGUUAAUGACUCUUCUCUUCGUUAGAUCUACAUACUUCAAGGUGGUAUAAAUUUGCAAUUAUUUUAGUAUGAAUAAAUAAUUAAAAAAAAAAAAAGGAUGAUAAUAUCAGACAAAUUUUACUCCAGAUAUGUUUUUAAUAGCAGAAUUUAUUGUUUAUGUAAUGCGCUUAGUUUAUCCCGCUUUCCUCAGUAUGAUAAAUAACAUAAAUUACAGAUAAUUUCGUUGAAAUAACGAUCUUAAUAUUAAUUUCAUUUAUGUAUAAAAAAUAGAGAGCAGAUAACAAAGUGUUGUAUAAAAGGAUAAAAGGCAUAUCAAAAAAUAAUUUUUCUCUUUGUGUCGAAUUUGAAAUUUCAAUAUACGUAAAACAUAUUGAAACUCGACAAAAAAGAGAAAAAUCUUACAAGCUAAUUGAUAGAUUACAUGCUGAUAAAAUUGGUAUCAAACAGUAUAAAAUGUGUGCUUUCAAUUUUUUUUUUCUUUCUUUGAGCGGGUUCCGAUGUAGUUUUCUUUUUCGGAAAAAUACCUGUAAGAAUGUUUCGACCAUUGCACAGCUCACGGAAUGUAAAAUUCUUACAUAGAAAAAGCGUGGUCUCAAA